CCUGCUGGCUCGUUUUGGUCUGCAACGGUAGGCUACGGUAUCGGGUGUAACGUCCUGAAACACUCCAGUGAUGAGACAACAUUCAACAAGGGCAGAGUCAGUGGUACCCUGCCUACCCUCGCCACGCUGCCGCUCCAAGGAUGCAGGGAAAGGAAUAUAUUUGUCUUUUUCGUCACACCUCUUUACAAAAUCCGCUGUUCGGAAACGAGGUCUAGGCCUACUUUCUCUUUGCGAAUUUGCAUUUCUAAUCAACGCGUUUUUGUUCGUUAAAUGCUCGUUGGGUUUUUAUGGAUCAAAUAUUUCACAAGAUAAUGCGAUGAUGUCGUCUUAAAUGACUGAAACAGAAAUAAGCACGUCACGAACGUCCAAUGUAAUGUAUCUGUGUGAUGGGGAAAAUACUCAACCAGGAUGGGUAAUAAGCAAACGAUAUUUACUGAUGAACAGUUCGAGGCAUAUCAGGACUGCACAUUCUUCACACGCAAAGAAAUCCUACAGUUACAUGGGAGAUUCCAUGAGCUGGCUCCUCACCUAGUACCACUGGACUACACCAACCAGCCUGACAUCAGACUCCCCCUGCCUCUCAUCAUCAGCAUGCCAGAACUAAAGGAGAACCCGUUCAGGAACCGCAUCGUGGAAGUCUUCUCUGAGGACGGACAAGGCAACAUGAGCUUCAAUGACUUUGUAGACAUGUUCUCUGCUCUCUGCGAAACGGCUCCAAGAGAACUGAAGACCAUAUAUGCUUUCAAAAUCUAUGAUUUUAACGCGGAUAACUUCCUGUGUAAGGAGGAUCUGGAGAAGACGUUGAACCGGCUGACUAAAGGAGAGCUGACCCCUGAAGAGGUCAUUCUGGUCUGUAGCAAGGCAAUGGAGGAGGCUGACCUCGACGGGGACAGCAAGCUCUCCUUCUCUGACUUUGAGAACAUGAUCUCUAAAGCUCCAGACUUUCUAAGCACGUUCCACCUACGGAUCUGAGGUGAUUCAGCCACUCCUAUGAUGAGGCUUUAGAAAAACGAUGGAAGAGGGAGGAAGACGAAGACGAAGAAUGUGGUCGCUUUCUGGGUUCGUCUGAUGACGUCAUCCCCGAAGACUCCUCCCAGAGUCUCUGUGGCCCUGACCCACAGCAGAAUGACCCCUGACCUCAACCUCAGUACAGCAUAGUGCCUACCCAAAAACGUUAGUAGAGAAGUCUUGUCUUUUCCCCAAGUCUAUCUUCGAUCGAUGCGAUGUUUGUACAAAAUAUAACAUUGAAAGAAAAAGGAAGUGGAACUAAAGUUUGGCUUCGGCUGCAGGAAUAUGGACCCGGGGGGAUUCUUUUCUCGGGAAGCACAGGCCCUUUUUUUGCCAACUCAUGUUCUAUAAAGAAGGAUGUUAUCGACCACGAGACAUUUCCAUUUUUUCGGGAAGAGAAGAUCAUUUAAUGCAUGAUUGUUUUCUCUUAUAAUCAAUUGUAACUUGUUAAAAGAUUAGAAACACAAACAGACUUCCAAAUGGAGAUAGAAAACGAACCGAUGAAAAAAAACGAGGGGCUAAUUUUGAUACAUGUAGGGCUUAGCUACAACCUAUAAGCAGUUUUCUAGAAGAUGUAGGAUUUUUUGCAGAAUUGUUCGGGGUUUUUUUUCUUCUUUAAAACUGACCUAACCUUUUUUAAGUGUAUACAUUGAAUGGACACUGACUGACAACAAAUGUGGAAGUGGAUCGAACAACAUGAUAUUUUCUGUCUGACGUGUACGGCAGAAAAGACAGUAAGAUAUAUAUAGUAUAUGAAGAAUUGACAAGCACAUGUUUUAGCACCAAGGGCAGAACAGUUGAAGAGCUAUGCAAUAUAUCUUUAUGAAAUGCAUGAGUGUUACAUCAAUUGCAAAUAGCUUUUUAUUUAUGCUCCCAGUCCAGUAUAGUGUUGAGUACUGCUGGAAACACAAUGACAAUCAGAACCUGUGAUGUAGUGGUAACGGUAACGGUGGGUAAACGUCGAUCGCCCGUUCGCGGUGAGUAAAAUAACGUUCCUCUGUGCUUUCAACUCUCUUUAUAUUUUCCUGCAACAAAAAAAAAGGGUGGGUUUCCCCUCCACUACACCACCGAUCAUAAUGUUACCUAACUGUUCUGCAGUUAAAGGAAGGGCUCUGUUCUCUGUCUCAUCACCCCUUCCAUUAUGUUACGCUUUGUUACCUUGUCCUGCCUCUCAACUUGAUAUAAUGGCAUUAACUUCACUUUAAGAAAUAAUGUUUUCAGUCUUUCGUAUGAUAAGAGCGUUUGGCUAGACUUGAUUAAAUACAUUUUCUGUUGCUUCGA